AUGGCACCAUCAACUGCUACGCCGACUGACUUGCACCGUGCUUCUGCUGCCUGCCUUGCAUGCCGGAAAGCGAAAGUGCGUUGCCUAAUCUCACAACGCCGAGACCGAUGUGAUCGAUGUAUCGCGAACGACUCCGAGUGUGUUUUUGCUCAAACGAAGAGGGCUAGAGUGAGAACCCAGCCGUAUCCUCAGCGUAGAAGACCUGAGCCUAGGGCUAGCGAAGAUAAUAAUCGACAGUCCGUGGAGGAACUAUCGCAACAGCAACAACCAGUGAUCACCAAUGCAAUCCGCGCAAGGGUCGUCGCGGCAUUGGCCACUCUCAAGGGAAAGAGAGGCGCACCGUUCAGCUUUGUCACGUCGGGAGACAGCCCCACAUUCAGUGUUCAACCCGGUGCGAAUGAUGGUCCCGCGCGUGAUUCUCAACCAGAAUCUUUGGAGCAUUCGCAAAUGACACCAUAUUCGCUCAAACUUUCAUGGCUCCUCCGUCCGUUAGACAUUGAUGCUCACCGGGAUAUGAAUGAUGAUGACCGUCGGCCCACUGGCGUGGUCAAAAUGCCCACCUACCUUUCGUCCAUGACGCUGGGUCAGACCAUUAAGGACCCAGUUGAAGGAGGCAUAAUCAGCUCAUUGGCAUCAAAAGCGCUGUUCGAAUUCUUCAUGAUACACAUGAAUGCCAAAUGGGAGUAUAUCCUUGAUCCCAAAAUCGACACUCAUGACGAUGUCCAACGGCGCAGCUCCUUGCUGUUUGCUGCGAUCCUCUUUUGCGCAUCCAAGUUCGCCAAUUAUAUUGAUGGAUGUAUAGUCUCGGCGUCAGACCCUUUCAUACAGAGCCGGCUUUGUAGUCUAGCUCGAAACCUGGUGAUCAGAACCCUGGCGGAGGGCGACAGGUCCAUCGAGACAAUGCAGGCACUUUACUUGCUGGUUUGCUGGAAGGAUGCGGAGGAUGACGUCUCGUACCUUCACAGCGGCUACGCCUUUCGCAUUAUGCAUGAUUUAGACGUGGAGCAAAGUGAUGGUGAUGGGCGGCAGGUAGCGAGACGCCGGAGAACAUGGCUCGCAUUAUACCGGCAGGACAGACAACAAAGCCUGUUUUUCAUGCGAAAGCCAUCAAUCAGUCAGAAGGAUGAAGAUAUCUCUUUACUUGGUGAUAUGAAUACCUGGCUCAAAAUGCAAUAUGCAUUGCCAUCGGACUUCGUUGCCUGCUGCAGCGCUGAUUUGCGGCGUAUGCAGUCAAAGUUACGCGGUUUGGUUCAACAAGCCUCAUCGAUCAUGCUACCAUGUCUUCUGGACCUCAUGGAUACGGAGUUGAGAGCGUGGAGAUCGAAAUGGAAAAAUCAUUUUGAGGGUGAAAACAGGUCACAAUCAAAUGAUGACCCAUCCCUCAAUCCGGGGUGGUACCAUCUCACCGUGUUGAUAGAUCUAUGGGAGCACAGUGUCAGACUUAACGUCGCAUCCUCAAUACUUCGGCAAUCACUAAUGGCCUCAGUGGCGUCAUGUUUAGACCCUGGGCGCCAAACUGGCAAUGUGCCCAUGGAUCUCGAUCUGAUGACCAUCCAACAGGCUCUGCCUCCUGAUCUUCCGGGGCUGACGAGCAGCAUCGAAGGCGCGUUUGGCACGCUGCGUCAUUUGAUCAGUUUCCCAUCUGAGGAUCUAAGGCGAGCUCCGGAUGUUGUUCUCCUAUUGGCGCCAAAUGCAGCAUUGUUCUUAUGCCUCCUUCUCUGUCUUCCAGGAAACAGUAGCACUGGCCCAGCCUUUCAAAGAACAGCUAUCACUCUUAUUCAAGACAUCACUGAUCACAUAAAGAAAGCCGUGUUAUCGCCACAAGAUACUGUCGCCCUACAUUCCGCAUACCUGGACUCGCUGGUAGAGCUUUUAAACCCUGACAUGUCUCAGUGUACAGCUGAUCAAUCAGAUCUCGGCAUACAGCCAAUCUACGAUGUUCCACGUCUGGAUAUCGGGUCAACCAGACUAGAAUCUGAGGAUCCAGCCCUGCAGGCAGCUCGAGUUUUGGCAGAUGGAAUUGGUGGUCACAACUACCGAGUUGUUUCUAAUGAUACUAUGUUUAGCCUUCCAGAAAAAUACGUCAAUCAAAACUUACAUAUGCAAAGUCUGGCUAACUUGUUAGACGGAGAUCUCUUCUGGGAGAUGCCCCCUCUGGAGCCGAGUAUGUGA